CUCGGCGGCGGGUACCAGCGCAUCCCCCGGGACGCGGCUGGAGCCGGCGGCUCGCAGGCGGCCGGGCUGUGGGCUGGCGGCGGCAGCUCGCCGUGCCUCGUGACAUCACUCCCGGAGCUCACAUCCCACUCCGAGCUCCUUCCCUUGCUGGGUCUGUCGCUCUGGCUGCUCUGGAGGAGCGAGCCCCCUCCCGCAGCAGGGCGGGCAGCUCCCCAGGCGAGGCGGCGGAGCUGCUGGAGGCAGAGGGGGGGAAAGAGUCGAUGCGAGGAGGGUAGUGAGGAACGGAACGACACCGAGGAGCUCCAGUAUGAAAUUCAUCUCCGCUUAUUACUUGCUGCCUCUCUUUCCUGCGCUGGUCUUCAGCGCUAGACAGGGCUAUGAAGAACUGGAAAGACAGCUGAAAGAAGUCUUUAAGGAAAGAAGCAAUAUCCUUCGUCAACUGUCGAAGACUUCAAAAGAACUUGAGGGAAUUAAAGUAAACCUCCAGUCUUUGAAAAAUGAUGAAGCAUCGGCCAAAAAUGAUGUGCAGAAACUUCUGGAACUGGGCCAAAAGCAAAGGGAAGAAAUGAAAUCUCUCCAGGAGGCCUUUCAAAAGCAGCUUAAUGAGGCAGCUGAGAAAGCAGAAAAGCAGCAGGCUACCAUUAACUUUUUGAAGACUGAAAUGGAAAGGAAGAGCAAAAUGAUCCGGGACCUCCAAAACGAGAACAAAAGCCUCAAAAACAAGCUCCUGUCAGGAAACAAGCUUUGUGGUAUUCAUGCAGAAGAGUCAAAAAAGAUCCAAGCCCAGCUGAAAGAGCUUCGUUAUGGGAAAAAGGAUUUGAUUUUUAAGGCACAACAGCUAACAGACCUGGAGCAAAAGCUAGCAGUUGCAAAAGAUGAAUUGGAAAAGGCAGCCCUUGACAAAGACUCACAGCUGAAAGCUCUGAAGGAGACCGUGCAGCUUUGCCUGUCUUCCGUUCUGCACAAUCAGCCUCCCGCUACGAAUCUAAUCCCUUCAAAACCAGCUGAGAAGCUGACAUCCCCGCUUACAAAGGGCUCAAAAGUUGCAUUUCAAGUGACAAGCACCAAGCGAAACGCCUCAGCAGAGAAAGAGAAUCUUCACGUGCCCUCGAGAAAGGAAGAAAAUCAGAGCAUCCAGGAGUGCGAUUCUCAACAUGUUGGCAAGACAUGUGUGGGGAAUCGCAAUAAUUCAACAUCUCGUUUGAAGACAGCAGAAACAGAGACAAGCUUUCAGAAGUUGCGCAACCCUCCGUGGACUAAACCCGAAGAUAAAAAAUCACCUGAAAGAAAUGAGAAAAAAUACAAAGAGUCUGUUAGUACAAAAGAAAAAAAACUCUAAGCGCUGCUAAUCUACAUUAAAGAUGCCCAUCCAUUGCGUCCAUCUUCAUAUUCUUUUUAGUCCAGAGGCAUGAAAUGUACCAGGUUUCUAAAGCAUGCAUUUUUCACUAUUUUAUGAAUGUUUGUAAAUUAGUCUAGAAUAGACCAAUUAGUACCUUUCAGCAAUAAUCCAAAAUGGAUGUUUGAAGAAUUGCUUUGUAAUACAGUCUGGUUUCUGAACUAUUGUUCUACCUGAUCAGUAACUGCAUACUAUAAAUUAUUUUCUUUGUAACAGCAGCCAUUCUCAAGUAUUUUCUCAGUCUGUUCUAUUUCAUGUACCUUUAUAGCAGUCUAGGUUUUAAAUCAAAUUAAGAAUUAAGGGGCAGUUAAUGUGGGGAAAAAAAUAAAUCUGUGUAAACGUAGUUGAAGUACAAUACAACUUAUAAGAGCAAGCGUUGUAAAAAUGGAACAGUGGGGGUCCGUGUAUACUUACCUUUCAGUAAUGCCAUUUCAAAUCUGCUUACUUAAACAAUAAAAGAUGUUUGUUUGGUUGGUUUUUUUCUAACUGCUA